AUGUCCGAUCGAGAGUUCGGCUCCAACGAUGACCUGUCGCUUCCUAAAGCAACGGUCCAAAAAAUCAUUACCGAAAUUCUACCUCCCAGCAUGGGCCAGACCUUCUCCAAAGAUGCGCGCGAUCUGCUCAUGGAAUGUUGCGUCGAGUUCAUCACCUUGAUCUCAUCCGAGGCGAACGACAUUAGCGAAAAGGAAGCCAAGAAGACCAUCGCAUGCGAGCACGUUGAGAAGGCACUACGUGAUCUCGGCUUUGCAGACUACAUUCCCGAUGUACUUGCUGUUGCCGAGGAGCACAGGGAACAGUUGAAGUCACGAGAGAAGAAGCAGAGCAAGAUGGAGCAGAGUGGCCUGUCUGAGGAGGAGCUCCUUCGCCAACAGCAGGAGCUGUUCCGGUCUGCGACGGAGAAGUACAAUGCAGGCCCGGAAUAA